AUGCCUCAUAUCUCAAAAAGACGACAACAAAUAAACAAUUUACCUAGAAAAAGGGGUCGCUUUGCGGCUCAAGAGGAGGAAACACAUGAAAUAACUGAUGUGCAAGAUGAAUUCACAUUAAGAACUUGUGAGGGAGAUGAAAUCACAAAUGAACAAAUUAAAAAAGUAUAUACUAAAAAUUCGAGGACUACUCUUUGGAAACAAAAUAAAAAGAAAAAAGAGGAAGAAAAUGCGAAGGAAAAUCGAACUGCUGAUAAAUCUUUCAAUAAUAAAACACCAAAUAAUACAUUACUCAAUACUAAAGCAUCGAGUAAUACACCAUUCAAUGAUAAGGCUUUGGCACCAAGUAAUAUAUUAAUCGAUGCUGAAGCUUCAACAUCAA